GUCCAGUAAGGAUCAUCUCUUAUUGAUCCAGUGUUAGUGCGUUACUACAGGAGACAGAUGUUCUCCAGUGCUCCGUGAAAAGAUCCGUCAACGCCUUUUCAACGGAAGACGUGCGCCUGCGUAUUAAAAUCCAGCAGAUAGUUUUCCCAUUAGCCUUUGCCGGUGUCAUCCGCCAUCUUGAAUAUUUUUCUUGAAACAAGCAAGAAAGAUAAAAGGUUGUAUUUUUUAAGAAACAUUUGCACAAAUUAAUCGGUUCCAGUUAUGGAGACUAUUAUUGAAAGACAGAGGAGGCAACACGAGGAAUGCGAGAGGCUGGAGAAUGCAAUGACUGAGGAAAUUUUGUGGAAGAAACAAACGCAAAAAGAGCAAAUUAAUUCAGACCACAGGGGAAGAGAGUUGCUGGAGAGAUAUUUGUCGUGCAGUGAUUCAUUAUUGACCUUGUAUGAGGAUAAAGAUGGAAUGAGAAAAGAGGAGGUUUCCGCACUCUCUGGCCCAAACGAAUUUGCUGAAUUUUACAGCAGACUGCGGUUAAUAAAAGAUUAUCACAGAAAAUAUCCUAAUGAGGUUGCAGAACCAAUGCAGAUGGAAUUUGUAAAGAUGAAAGAAAAUCGGGAGAAUCCAUCAGAAGACAUGCAAAAUCUUGUUGACUUCAGUGAUGAAGAAGGUUAUGGUAAAUACCUUGAUCUUCAUGAAGCUUAUGAUAAAUACAUCAACAUCAAAGGAAUUGAGAAACAAGACUACCUGACAUAUCUGGAGACCUUUGACAGACUCUUUGAUAUUCCUAAGGAGAAGAAAACUCACGAGUAUAAAAGAUAUAUCAUUUUUCUACUGGAUUAUCUCUAUGACUACUGUCAACGUGUUCAACCAUUGCUCGAUAUUGAGAAGGAAAUGAAAGAGACAGAAGAAGAAUUUGAAAACAAUUGGUCCCAAGGUUCUUUCCCUGGCUGGCCUAAAGAUACAGGCAGUGCUCUUGCACAAUCAGGCGCUCAUCUUGACCUAUCUGGCUUCUCUUCUGCUGAGGAACUGGCCUCGCUUGGUUUAGACAGACUCAAACAGGCACUACAAGCUCUUAAUUUAAAAUGUGGAGGAACUUUAGAAGAAAGAGCACAAAGAUUAUUUUAUACAAAAGGAAAAUCCUCUGAUGAUUUUGAACCUUCAUUGUUUGCGAAAUCAAAAGGCUCCAAGGGAAGGGAAAAUGUUGUUAAGCAAAAGGAAAUCGCUGCUUUGGAGAGUCAGGUUUAUAGACUGGUCGAAGUAGUUGGAGAACAAAGGGCAUCCACACGUGAUAAUGUUGUGAGAAAACAAGCAAGAACAACGGAUGAACUCGAGGACGAAGAAGGACACGAGGAGUACAAUGAAUCAGACUCGGAAGACGAGGAAACAGUUCUUUAUAAUCCCAAGAAUCUUCCCUUAGGAUGGGAUGGCAAGCCUAUUCCAUACUGGCUUUACAAACUUCACGGUCUCAACAUUUCAUACAGUUGUGAAAUUUGUGGCAACAUGAAGUACAGAGGGCCUAAGGCUUUUCAACGACACUUUGCGGAAUGGCGUCACGCUCAUAACAUGAGGUGUCUUGGGAUACCAAAUACCGCACAUUUCGCAAAUGUUACUCAAAUCACAGAUGCUCUUGCAUUAUGGGAAAAAUUAAAGGUUGUCAAAGCGAAAGAACGCUGGCUUCCAGACGUCGAGGAGGAGUUUGAAGAUUCGUCAGGCAAUGUUGUCAAUAGAAAAACAUUUGAAGAUCUGAGUCGGCAAGGAUUGCUCUGAGACCCAUUGCCCGUCUGUGUAGAUACCGUGGAUGAAUAUUCAACUCUCCUGUUUUUAUGAGCUACUUUGCAAUAUUCUGACGGGAUUUUGACGACUCAAUUCAUUCGGAAUAGUUAAGUUUGAUCCCCAUUAUCAUAGCUGUCAUCACUUCAUGUUAGUUUACAGCACGAACUGUCUUCUACAACUUCUUGAAAAGUUGUUGGGAGAACAACAACAGCAACCGCAACAACAGCUUGUUAAUAACAAUGCAAACAACAUUCAUAUAACACAAAUUCUACAGCAGAAUUUGUUACAGAUUGUAGGUCUUGUCUUUCCUUUACGUGCGAUACAUGCGUAACAAACUCUACAUAAAAAAAAUAUAUUCGCAUAUUUUGCGCA